UACCCAGAAUUCGGAGGCAGUCCUCCUCACAGCGCGGAUUCGCGCACACGUGUUUGAACAAUUGUGAUUACAAUUAGUUAGUUUUUAUAGAAAAUAACUUGUGUUGUGACAUACAAUAUUGUUGUACUUAUAUCGGAUUUGAUUAUCAGUACUUCUCCUCAUUGGGACUAUAUUAUUAAAUCAAUAGGAAACUUUGUGAGCAACAAUGAGCUGUCUAUGAUCCACUGUAGCAGCGUGAUAGACGCCACAGAGAAGAUGACAUCCGAACGAACCAUUCCACACCUGCGCGACAUCUUCGGCCUAAACCAGCAAUACGACGCGAAACAAGUCUACGACGAGAAUGACGACAAAACAAAGAAAUCAGUCAAAAAGAAAAAAGAUGAAUUCCGUACGUACGCAAACGGGGACGUGAAGACCCUUGAGCGGCAUCUCAGCAUGAAGAAAACAAUUCGCAAGAAGAUAAUGCGAGAUCUGCAACAGGCUUUUGUAGAAGACCCAAAUGAGUUUAAGGUUGAAAAUACAAGCCCAGAGAAAUUGAAGUCUGAAUUGAGCGCUGAAGCAGUCAAGAUUGAAAAGAAUGUGAAAAAGAAUGAUCCCACGUUCCUUGACAUGCUUCGAGGAGAGACGAGAAGUGAAGAGACCAGAGAGGAGCAGCCCCCAGCUGAGAAGACCAGCUUCUGGCGGCGUCUCACGAUGAAAAAUAAAAAUAAGAGAUAAUUGUAGGGCCACAUGAAUACAACCCGUUUAUGUUUGUUAAAUUGUUUAUGUUAUUUGCUAUUUUACUCUCUGCCAAUAAAUCAACUGAAUUUGAUUUUACAUAUGCAAUAAUAAAACCGUUAAUUACAUCGGUGUAGUAAAUUCAUUACAUUUUAAUUUCGUUUCUGGAAUAUGUAAAUAAGGUUUUUUAGGUUAUAUUUUUAGGAAUAGAUACUAAGUUGUUUGAUAUCAGAAAAAGGUAUACUGUGAAGGCAUUUUUAAAAUAUAAAUAUCUAAUUAUGUAUUAAAUUAAAAAUUGUUAUCAGUAAUCAAAUGAUUUCGUACACUCUGAUACAGUGAUGUAUAAUGACGAAAUGUUUUGUUAUCGUAUAGCCAAAAUUUUUAUAUUUAAAUAAUAAUAAUUUUAUAGAAAUGUUAUUCAUAUUUCAAGAGACGAAGAAGUAGACUACAGGAGAAGCCUCCCUAAUCAUCAAGUCUCUCACUGUGUGACCCAACAAAUUUCAAUAUUUUGAAAAUAGAAAACAAACAAGCCAAAAUAACGAAAAAUAACUACAAGAAAGAAAUAACCAAUUGCUCUGAAAUCUAAUAAAUCUUAAUUAACAAAUACUAUGAUAAAAUGGGGAACAAAUAUUUUAAACAUUUUUGUAAACAAUUUGCUAUUUCUCUCUCUAAGGAUAACGUCAGAAAUAUGUAGGUACUUAUCAUUUGUAUAUUUUAUUCAUAAUUAAUUCAUUAAUUAAUAUCAUAUAAUGCACGCAAAAUACUUUAAGUCUUCGUUGAUAUUUUAAUACUAUCGUGAGAGGCUGCUGCAAAAUUUUGAGUCUAAGGCUGAGAUGUAUAGAACGUACUUAGAGUUUGCUCAGACUUUACUUACAUAAAAUUAAGCUGAAUGUAAGCUUCUUUGAUUUCGUUUUCAUAUUUCAUGUUCGCGUUGUAUCACACUAAACUAAGUUUCAUGUAAGUUAAGUCUUAGUAAGCCCUAUAGAUCUCAUUCUAAAAUCAAUCGAAAGUAUUUGAGUCCCAUGUGAAACACGUUAACGAUUCACCUACUGACUCUGUUAUUUUUAUCUAAAUUGUCGUUCUUAGCUUAACACAGCAAAAGUUAAGUUAAUAACGCUGAUUUUUGAUGAUUGGCAAUUUAGCUGAGUGUAAACUUAGCAUUUCUCAUUUCGUUUUCAUAGUCAUUUGACAGCUGAAAUUGUAUUGUGCUUUAGGUAAGACAGACCAAUGCAAAAUUCAAGCUCGCGUUUUAUCACACUCAGCUAGGUGAAGAAUGUCUCGGCAAAGUACGCUUUAUAGAUCUUAGCCUUCUUAAGUAUGUAAGCUCUAUCUAUAGAUCUCAGCCUACCUAAGUAUGUUCGCUCUAUCUAUAGAUCUCAGCCUACCUUAGUAUGAAAGCUAUAUCUAUAGAUCUCAGCUUACCUAAGUAUGUAAGCUAUAUCUAUAGAGCUCAGCCUACCUAAGUAUGUUCGCUCUAUCUAUAGAUCUCAGCCUACCUAAGUAUGUAAGCUAUAUCUAUAGAUCUCAGUCUACCUAAGUAUGUAAGCUAUUUCUAUAGAUCUCAGCAUACCUAAGUAUGAAAGCUAUAUCUAUAGAACUCAGCCUAC